CCCCCACCAAGCACCACCAAGCACGCUCUCUCGCCUUCCCCUCUCCCUUGCCUCUCCUCCUCGUCCCCUUCACUCUCCCCGCGCUCUCCUCGCCCUCAUUGUCCCCGGGCCGGGCGCGGCGAUGCGGCGCGGCUGGCGCUGAGCGCCUGGGCUACUCGGCCCCUCGACGCUCUCUCCCCGUGUCCCUCCCUGACUCCGUCUCCCUCUCCGACUCCCUCCCUGUGUCCCUCCCUGUGACUCCCUCUCUGACCCCGUCUCCCUCCCCGACUCCCUGUGUCUCCCUCUCCGUCUCCCUCACUGUGUCUCUCCCUGUGACUCCCUCACUGUGUCUCCCUCCCCCCGUCUCCCUCCCUGUGUGUCCCUCCCUGUGACUCCUUCCCUGUGUCUCCCUCCCUGUCUCUACCGAUCGCGGGGCUCUUCACUCCCUGACACCCUCCACGACUGUCUCCUUCCACCUCCCCUCGUCUCUCAUCCCUUCCCCGUGCUCCCCACCCCACCCCCCACCGUCUUCAGCUCCACCCCGCUCUGCUCGGCACUCGCCGUCUUCUUCCUACUCGUCCUUCCCCUCCUCGACCCCUUCCUUCAUCCCGCGUCUCCCUCCUGCCCGCUGCUGCGCCUCGACUCCGCCAUGGGGACCUCCUGAGCAGCUCCGCACGUCCGCGCCGAGGCGGCCUCAGGCGCUCGCUCACGGCUGUCGACGUGUGGCUGCAGGAGCGCAGCGCCAAUGAUCCGGGGCCGCCAUGGAUCCCAGGAGUCAGCGAGGAGAGGCUUCCCCGCUGCUGGAUGGCACCACCACCGAUGGCGCCCCGGCCCCCGUGCUCUCCCUCGGCCAGAUUAGACCCGCGAAUGCGAGCAACGACUACACGGACGGGCCCCCGGGGACGACAACGGCCACGGGGCCCGCCACGGGACCCGCCACGGGGCCCGCCACGGGACCCGCCACGGGGCCCGCCACGGGGCCUGCGGCGGCCAGGGCAGGCGCUCCACGGGGCCCGCUGCCCCUCCACCAGCAGCAGCAGCAACAACACCAGCACCGCGCCGGCUCCCCGCCGCACAAGCCGGUCGCGCUGGCGGGGCGCGUGGCACGGUCCACCAGCACCGGCAGCACGUGCUCCAAGAGCAGCAGCGCUCGCACGAGCACCGGCAGCACGUGCUCCGAGCAGCGCCUGCUGCCCCCGGCACCGCCGUCACCUCCGCACCUGGGCCCCGCGCCGUCCCCCGCCGGCGCCCCAACGGACCCCCCGGCUACUCCGGACGCGGCGCCGGCGGCGCUCGUGGUGAAGCGGCAGCCGCAGGGCGGCGAGGGGGGUGGCGGAGGCGGUGCCGGCGACGACGACGGCGACGACGGCGCGGGAGAGGGCGGCGCGGCGCCGUCCCGUCCGACGGACGAGCGGGCGGCGCCGGCGCCGGCCGAGAAGCCGGGGUCUCCAACGAACGGCGAGGGCGGCGAGGGCGGCGCGCGUGGCCACGCGGCGUGCGAGCGGUGCGGGAAGUGCGCGUGCGGCGAGUGCGGCUCCACGAGGCGCUCGCUGCCCGCGUGCUGGCUGUGCGAGAAGCGCUGCCUGUGCUCGGCGGGCGCGCUGCUCGAGUCGUGCACGUGCCUGUGCUGCGUCAAGGCGCUCUUCUACCACUGCUCGCCGCAGACCGACGUGGGCGACUCGGGGGACUCGUGGGCCGACAACCCGUGCUCGUGCCGGCGCGCGGGUUGCGUGCCGCGCUGGGCCUGCCUGGGCGCCCUCUCGCUGGCGCUGCCCUGCCUGCUGUGCUACCCGCCGGGCCGCGCCGCGCUCAAGCUGGCGCGCGCCGCGUACGACCGCCUGCAGAGGCCCGGCUGCCGAUGUCGGCGCCGGCGAAACGACGCCGAUUCCGAUCGGGCCGCGCCGGCGCAGUCUCCCGCCGCCGAGAAGCCCGCUUGAGCGACCGCCCCGGCCCCCCGCCAGCCCGCCGGGCCCGCCGAGAGACGCGGGGACCCCGAGGGAGGGGAGGGCGCGGCGACGAGCCGGCGAGCUCGACGGGCGGACGAGGAACGGGCGCUCGCAAACUGUGACGGGAAGCGCCGCGCGGCGUGGGCGCAUGCGACGCCCGUGACCGCCGCGCGUUGUGCGCAUGCACGACGCUGCAGUCGGUGCCAUAUACAGUCUAUAUUACAGUAUACACAGUAUAUAUUGGCGGCACGUGACUCGUGUCCCCUCUUUCACCCCCGCGGCAGAGCUCACCCGACCACUGCAGGGGUCCUCCAGGGGGUGGGGGGGGGGCCCUGGGGGGGGGGGCCCCUUACCUCUAGAGCCCCCACAUCCCCCCACACCUCGACGGGGGUCGAUGAGCCCCGUAGCGACCCCCGCCGCAAGGACCCCCGCACCUUUACAGGGGUCCCAUCGCCCCCUUCCCCCCUCGACCACUACAGGGUGCCCCCCACACACACCUCCCUGUGUAGCCCCCCACACGGCUCCACUGGAUGCGGUGCGGCCCCCCAUACCACUAGAGGAGCCUCCUCCACCCCGGUGGGCCCCCACUAUUCAGGGUACAGGGCCCUUGGCCGCGCUAUCCAGGGUCUUGGGCCCCCCGGGUAGGGGCCCCUCCGUGGGUCCCGGGCGGGCCCCCCCCCCCCCUCUCGUCGUCGUUUUCCUGUGUAAAGAGAAAUAUUUAUUCCAAAGUUUUAUAAUAUUUAUUUUACAGAUGUAUGCGAGAGGCAGACCCCCCCCCCCCCGCUCCCCGGGGGCCCUGCGCUCUGUGCUUGAGGAGGGAGGGGCCCCGGGCGGGGGGUUGCUUCCUAUAGAAAUAAAUAAAUAAAUGAUUAUACCCGUGCAAUGCGCGUCCCCG